ACCAAGCCAACCCCACACUUAGCGGAAACUUGUCAAAGAAUGCUCCUAAAGUCUGGUUUGCUGCUGCUGCUGCUGAUCAGUGCAUCCGCAUCCCACGAAGCCGAGCAGAAUGACUCUGUGAGCCCCAGGAAAGCGCGGGUGGCGGCGCAGAACUCAGCCGAGGUGGUUCGGUGCCUGAACAGUGCCCUCCAGGUGGGCUGCGGAGCCUUCGCCUGCCUGGAGAACUCCACGUGCGACACGGACGGGAUGUACGACAUCUGCAAAUCCUUCCUCUACAGCGCUGCUAAAUUCGACACUCAGGGAAAGGCGUUCGUGAAGGAGAGCCUGAAGUGCAUCGCCAACGGGGUGACCUCCAAGGUGUUCCUGGCCAUCCGCAGGUGCUCCACGUUCCAGAGGAUGAUCUCGGAGGUGCAGGAGGAGUGCUACAGCAAGCUGGACCUGUGCGGCAUCGCCCGCCGCAACCCCGAGGCCAUCACCGAGGUGGUGCAGCUCCCAAACCACUUCUCCAACCGGUAUUACAACAAGCUGGUUCGGAGCCUGCUGGAGUGCGACGAGGACACGGUGAGCACCAUCAAGGAGAGCCUGAUGGAGAAGCUGGGCCCCAACAUGGCCAGCCUGUUCCACCUGCUGCAGAGCGACCACUGCGCCCAGGGCCACCCCCGCUCCGAGCUGCUGCGCAGGAGGCUCUCGGAGCCCCAGAAGCUGAAGCUGCUGCUCAGGAACCUGCGAGGUGAGGGCUCCACAGCCGCCCACGCCAAGCGCGGCUCCGCCGAGCGCGCCUGACCGGGCCGGGCAGGCCGAGCACGACCAAAGCUGAGGGCUCUGCUCUAGGAGUGCUGCACCCAAAGCCAGCGGACUGUAGGUGUUGUGACCCCCAGGAGCUGGGUUUAGUUCCUUAGGGCUCGUUUCGUUUGUUCAUCUUCUCUGUUCCUCUCCAACAACACUUCUGCAUGGGUCUGUGUUCGGUGUCGCGGCUUUCCCGCCAGCCAGACGGCUCUGUCUCUUCUCUUCCCCACACAAAAAUCUGUUGUCCCAAAAAAUCUUAGUCUUUAGUAGAUCCCUAUAGUGGUUGGGCCUUCAGGCACCAAACUCCCAAGGUUUGGAGGCUGAGUUUGUCCCAAGCUGUUGUGCUGACACCAGCCAGGCCUGGAGGUUCGGCACUGAGGGGAGGAGCCGCUCCUCUCCUGCAGGUGAUGAAAAAUGCACUAAAAACUCUCACAUCCUAAAAGCUCUCACAAAUCCUAAAAACAUCCGUGGGAUUCAUGUCAUGAAUCUGUGCUGGCCAUGGACGAGCAUGGAUGUCACGUUCCUGGUCCUGUAGUGUCACCCUCAUCCCUGAUUCCUUCCUGUGAAUAUGUUUAAGUCGGGAUUUACCAAACUCGCUGCGUGGUUUAAUCACCAGGAGCUGGCACCACGGUGCAAAAUGAGCUCAAACCACCCCACAAAGCCCAAAAGCAGGAGAGGGACGUGUUCCACCAUGGAAAGAGGUUGUGGCUGCAGCUGGUCAGGAGGUCCCAUAAUCGUGUGUUGUAUUUCAAAGCUCACAUCUCUGUACUGUAUUUAACUGCCUGAAGCUUUAAACCAAGCCUAACAGAAACAAAGCCUGUCUUAAGAUUAGAGUAUUAAAGGCCUUGCUCUAACUGUGGUAUAAAUAGUGCUAAAAUCUGUCUGUACUGUACAUAAACUCCACCAGAGUCUGCUCCAAAGGAGCAGAACAGAAUAACUUUAUUGCCUAAACUGAGUUUUGUAAGUCAGCUCUUUCUUUUAUUAUUAUUAUUAUUAUUGUUAUUAUUUUUGUUAUUAUUAUUAUUGCUUUCUUUUUCCUGGAAGCAGCACCUCUGUCAUAGUCAGGAAUUCACAUUCCACUCUGUGGCCUUUUAAGAAAGGAAGAGGGGGAAGGUUUAGAAUGGGAAUCGCAGGACCAGGAACAGCCUUUCAGAGCUGAAAUUGAGGCAAAAUCCAUUAAAAACCCAAGUUCAGGCUGGUCAGUCCUGUCCCCACUGGGCUGCCAGGAAAUGCACUUAGAGCCAGGGCAGAGCUGCUGGGAUUUCUGGAAUUGUCAGAUCCUUUGGGAAUCUCAUGGGGCAAAAUUCCCCUCAGGAUUUCUGGGGCAAGGCAGGGAAAAUCUGUAAUUCUCUCAAGCUCCAGCAGGAGAGCUGAGGACACAAUGAAUGCUCUGGGAGCUGCCCUUCCUCCACCCUCCUCCUCCUCCUCAGCGGGCUCUGGGAAGAGGAGCAGAGCUGGAGGCCCCAAAGCUGCUCCACGGCACAGCCAGGCCCUGGUGAGCCCAAAAAUGCCCUUUGGAUCCACCCAAUGCCCUUUGUGGUGGGAUCAGAGGCAGAGGCCCUUUGUGGUGUGGGACCCACCAAGUGUCCUUUGUGGUGUGGGAUCCACCCAAUGCCCUCUGUGAUGUGGGACCCACCAAGUGUCCUUUGUGUAUUGGGAUCCACCAAAUGCCCUUUGUGGUGUGGGACCCACCCAAUGCCCUUUGUGGUGUGGGAUCCAUCAAAUGCCCUUUGUGGAUUGGGAUCCACCAAAUGCCCUUUGUGGUGUGGGACCCACCAAAUGUCCUCUGUGAUGUGUUGUCCACCCAAUUCCCUUUGUGGCGUGGAAUCCACCAAAGGCCCUUUGUGGUGUGGGACCCACCAGAGGCCCUUUGUAGUGUGGGACCCACCAAAUAUCCUUUGUGGUGUGGGAUCCACCCAAUGCCCUCUGUGAUGUGGGAUCCACCAAGUGUCCUUUGUGGAUUGGGACCCACCAAAUGUCCUUUGUGGAUUGGGAUCCACCAAAUGUCCUCUGUGAUAUGUUGUCCACCCAAUGCCCUUUGUGGUGUGGGAUCCACCAAGUGUCCUUUGUGGUGUGGGACCCACCAAAUGUCCUUUGUGGAUUGGGAUCCACCAAAUGUCCUUUGUGGAUUGGGAUCCACCAAAUGCCCUUUGUGGUGUGGGACCUACCCAGUGCCCUCUGUGGUGUGGGAUCCACCAAAUAUCCUUUGUGGUGUGGGAUCCACCCAAUGCCCUCUGUGAUGUGGGAUCCACCAAGUGUCCUUUGUGGAUUGGGACCCACCAAAUGUCCUUUGUGGAUUGGGAUCCACCAAAUGUCCUCUGUGAUGUUUUGUCCACCCAAUUCCCUUUGUGGUGCGGGACCCACCCAUUGCCCCUUGUGGUGUGGGAUCCACCAAAUGCCCUUUGUUGAUUGGGAUCCACCAAAUGUCCUUUGUGGAUUGGGAUCCACCAAAUGCCCUUUGUUGAUUGGGAUCCACCAAAGGCCCUUUUGUGGUGUGGGAUCCACCAGGCCAAUCCCAAAUCCAAGCCUCGGAGUCCCUGCAGCGUGGGAGACUCUGCCUCAGAGCGUUGGAGAGCUGAUAAAGGAGGGAUCUCUUUUUUUCUUCUGGAAACCUGAAGCAAUAUUAUUUUAUUUUUUGUGUUGUUUGGGAAACCACAAAGCCUUUAAACCAGAACUUGCUGCUAAAAUAUCAAAACCAGAUGCAGUGGCAGCGUUUCAGAUGUCGCUGUCUUCACGAAAUGUAGAAGUGUUGGCAGAGAAUUGGAAGCAGCAAAAAAAUAAUUGCUGAUAUUGGUGGAGGGUUGGAAUUUGUAAUUUUUUUUGGGAUACUCUGAACAGAGCCGUGCAGGGCAAGGAAGAUGCAAAGUUCCUGAAUCAGGCAGGGAUUGAGAGGCCAACACAAAGAAGUUCUGAGAGGUGAAACCCAAAAGCUUCUGGAAUAUCCCAACCCUAAAAUUGGGAUUAUAUUUAGGAAUUGAUCCCAGGAGCGCAUCCCUGACUCCCCACCCUGCAGCUGUUGGGAGCCAGGGAAUUCUGCUGGGGUUUGUGCCUCCAGUCCGUGCUUUUAUUUGGGAAUUGGUCACAAAAAGUCUUUCCCUGCCUCGGGGCAGCGCUCCAGCCCCACCUGGGAGUGCUCCACAGCUCCCACUGUGGGACCCCAAAGCUCCCGGGAGCUUUCCAAGGACACCUGGGCAGGGAUAUGGAAAGUGGCUUCUCCACCCACCCAUUGCUCUGCAACCCCAUAAAGGCGCUUGGAGCAGAUUUGGG